GCCUUUUGCGCAGCGACCCCACAAGCGAGGGCAGCCCGGGGGAAACGGCCGCCUCUGCCGUCCCCUGCCCGAGGCAUACUCUCCAGCAGAGAUCGGAGCACGGGAAGCACGCUACACACCCAGGAGGAGGCCGUCCAUGUCAAAGAUGAGAGGACAGCUACAGUAGAAGAGGUGUCCCACACAUGAACAAAUUCAGCUGCGUAACAAAGGAAUCCUGGACCUGGUCCUUCGCUAAAGAAAAGACAAAUCCCCAUUUCUUCUUUCCACAGUAUCUCAAGGGACACUGAAGGAGUAUUGAGAUGUCCCCUGCGCCAAAGUGAGCCUUUCAGUGGUGGCCACACCUUGACAUACCAUUUGCAGCAUGCUGGAGGUGCCUUCCAAGGAUAACCAGAGGGGAGUUGCACUGAAGAACAUUGGGCAGCAUUGAAGAGGUUGAAUUUUAAGCCCUUCUUGGAGAUCCUGAGCUGAAUAAGGUCAAGUGCAUUUCAUAUGGAAAUGAAUUCCAUACUCGAGGGACCACCACCAAGAAUGGUCUGUCUUUUGUGCCAAACAACCUAGUAAACCUUACUGGAAAUCACUUGUGUAUCUUUGAAGCAAUCCAGCAAUUAAAGUGCAAGAAUGAUGAUCCUUUUUCAGAUGAUGUUUUAUCUGUGGCAAACAAGCAAUGCAAUAAAUGGAAGAAUUUCAAAGCCGAACAUAGUCUUAUUCAUGGUAGAUGACCUUGGCAUUGGAGAUUUGGGAUGCUAUGGAAACACAACUCUAAGAACUCCCAAUAUUGACAAGUUGGCUAAAGAAGGAACAAAACUGACUCAUCAUAUAGUUGCAUCACCUCUAUGUACUCCAAGCAGGGCUGCUUUCUUGACAGGCCGCUAUCCUGUCAGAUCAGGAAUGGCUAGCUUUCAUCGAAUUGGAGUCUUCUUGUUUUCUGCCUCUUCUGGGGGAUUACCUACCGAGGAAAUAACUUUUGCAGAACUUCUGAAGCAGAAGGGUUAUUCUACUGCGAUUAUAGGAAAAUGGCAUCUUGGACUGAACUGCCACAGCAGUGAUGACUUCUGCCACCAUCCUUUAAAUCAUGGAUUUGAUUAUUUCUAUGGAAUCCCUGUGAACAAUAUUAGAGAUUGCAAACCUGGACAGGGAAGCGUAUUUAUCAGUGGCAUUAAAAUGUACAUUCCCACAGCAUUUCAGAUCACUGGGAUUGCACUAAUUUCUUUGGAGGUUCUGCAUUAUAUUGGCCUCAUUCAAGUUCCUCACAGAGUACUGGGUUACAUCAUCCUACUGGCAGCAGUGUUAAGUGGAAUUUUGCUGAUUUUCUUUUAUAACUUUCGGUAUCUAAACUGCUUCUUGAUGAGAAAUCACAGUAUUAUUCAGCAACCCUGGAACUAUGAGAACCUAACUCAAAGAUUUACAGAGGAAGCCAAAAGUUUUAUAAGAAGGAACACUGAUACACCAUUUCUUCUUUUCCUGUCUUAUCCUCAGGUCCAUACAGCUCUUUAUGCAUCCCAAGCCUUUAGAGGAAAGAGUGAACAUGGAUUAUAUGGGGAUGCUAUGGAAGAAGUGGACUGGAGCAUAGGACAGGUUCUCCAUGUAUUAGACCAAUGGAAACUAAGUGAGAAGACACUUGUGUACUUCACAUCUGACCAAGGGGCUCAUCUUGAAGAGAUAUCAAGUAAUGGAGAAGUUCAUGGUGGCUGUAAUGGAAUAUAUAAAGGUGGAAAAUCUACAAAUUGGGAAGGUGGGAUUCGAGUGCCUGGUCUUCUCCGCUGGCCUGGAUUGCUUCAAUCUGGUCAACAUAUUGAUGAGCCAACAAGCAAUAUGGAUGUCUUCCCCACCAUAGUUAAGCUUGCUGGAGCAGCGCUCCCCAGUGACAGAAUUAUUGAUGGACAUGAUCUGAUGCCCUUGCUUCAAGGCAUUACUCUCCAAUCCAAGCAUGAGUUUCUUUUCCAUUACUGUAAUGCAUAUUUAAAUGCAGUGCGCUGGCAUCCAAGAAACAGUAAAUCGAUUUGGAAGGCAUUUUUUUUUACUCCAAAUUUCAGUCCAGAGGGCUCAAAUGGCUGCUAUGAUUCUCAUGUGUGUUUUUGUCAUGGAAAUUUUGUCACAUACCACGAACCACCUUUGCUUUUUGAUCUUUCCGUGGACCCUGAAGAAAAGCACCCACUCAGUCCAGAAACAGAGAGUGGCUUCUAUGAAAUCCUUCAGGCCAUUCAAGAAGCAGUGAGGACCCACACCAAGACACUAACUGUUGUUUCCAACCAGUUUUCACUGGCGAAUAUCCUCUGGAAACCUUGGCUGCAGCCCUGUUGCUCCUCCUUCCUUAAGCUUUGCUCCUGUGACCAUGAUUCCUGAAAUUUGCCUGAAACAUGACAUCAGGCAAAUGUUCCAUUUCAUGCUUUAGAGAUAAACAAAACAAAAGGGGAAAGAGGAUCAACUUAUGACUCCCAGCCCAAAUGGAGAAAUUUUUUUGCCCCCCUGAACUUCUCCAGCAUCCCUCAAACAAUAACUAAGCAUAUAAUGAGAAAAAUGUCCUUUCAUUUACAUAGCACCAGACACACACACACUGGGUAUGUCACUGACAUAUACAGAGUGGCUGCUGGAAGUGCGUGCAUUUUCACAGAAAGGUGAACUUACCAGGAAAUCUAGGGCCAGUACAACAGCAUUUUUGGAAAGCGUAAUGGGGGCUGCCAUCUUGUCUUCCUCAAUGCAUCUGCAGCAAAAGAGGUCAUCCUUUCAGGGCCAGAAACAUAUAUGGCUUUUUGAAAAAGCCAUAAAUUGCUGUUGUGGGGCAGGGAGUGAGCACACUUUUUCAGUCCUAGCCUUCCAAAGCCCCUUCCUUGCUGCUGUACCAGCAAUUCUGCUUCUUUCUCCUCUUCCCUCCUUCUCCCUGCUGCAGCCACCAUGACUGCCAUAUUCUCCUUAUCCUGCCUGAAGUUUUUUCCCAUCACUGCCACGCUCACCUUCCCUCUCCUAUCCUCCUCCCAAUGUUUUCUCUCAUUUCCCCUUUCCAUUAAAGCACAGCUGCUGCAUUCACCUGCUCCUGCUUCUGUCUCUUUUGUCAGGGCAGUAGGCAGAGGAAAUUGGCAGCAGGGUGGGGGAAAUUUGUGGUGGCAGGUAGAGGAAAACACCAGUGGUAGAAGCAGAAAGCAGCAGCAGUGGGAUCUGAUGGAUGUACCUGCUGGUCCUGGAGGGUGCUGAUGCACCAUGGGUGGCAAUACAUGCAUGUGUGCCUGGUUGUUUAACCCUUACCUGAUGUGGCCUGAACUCAUAUUGUAAUAUUCUUUUAAUGGCAUUGUGGGAAAAUAUGGCUGUCCAACUGGCUGCAUUUCCUCACAGCUUCUUCCCGUACUUGGGAAACAUUCAGUUAAAAGCAACAAAAAUAGAGAUGUACCUACCUUUCCUGAUAAGUUCUCUCAGUCUGAAAAUGUGUAAGCUUUUGUCAUGCCUGCAGGGGCUGGGAAGAUUGCAAAAUUAUUUCUCAUUCCCUGCCCAGAUCAUUGAAAACAUGGAUUUUGAAAGCUGCAUGCCUACUCUAAAUUAAACCAUGAUAGAUUCUUUCUCACACAUACGGAAAUUAAGCUGAAAAUACUUUCAAAGUAUCUGUAGGUCAUACUUCUUAAACGCAUUUACUUUGAUUUAAGCAUCCAGUACAGAACCCUUCUGCCUGUUUUUGUCUGAAGCACCAAGUAGGAGUAUUCAAAGAACUGCUCUCAGGAGUUUACCGAAUAGAUAAACAAACAACCACACUGAUAUUCUGGCCCACUUCCAAUGUGAAUGGUCCUUCAUACAGCACUUGGGAUGAAGUUUUAGCACCCCUGCUUUGUAGCAAGGCUUAUUCAAUCUCAGGCUGAAAAGGCUAGUAUAAGUUAUUUUAAUGAAAUGAAUAGGAGUCCCAUUCCUGUCAGAACUAUACUCUGUUUUCAAAUGUUCAGUAGCAUCUUCAAUGACUCAAGAUCACUGGAUCAUUUCAAGACCAGAGGAAGGUGGCUUUCUCCAACAUACCUGAGGUCAGCACUAAGCUCAUGGGAAACAAGGCAGUUUGCUUGGCACACAUAUCUUUGCCCUUCAACAUCUCACUGCUGUUUCUCAUCCCCAUCAUCUGUUGCCUCAGCUGGUCACUUCAUAUUAUCCUUACAAUUUGAAAAAUUAUGGGAAUGUAUUGAUAUAUAUAGCUAUGAUGACUGAUAGCUCAUAAGACAAUUUCAUUCGCUGAUAAAUGUAUCCUGGUAAUUUUAAAUAGUCAGUGGUGCUUUUGAACAAUGUUAAUAAUUUUAAACUCAUGUUAUAUCAUGAGACAAUUUAUUUAAUUAUUAUUAGUUUUGACAUGGAACAAAACAGAUUUGGCUAUUUGCAAACAUCAUACUUGUCAAAUGUGGAAUCUACCACCACCAACACCACCAUGAUGAUGACAUAUCUUUUACAAAUUAAGGGCUUAGGAUAUUUCCAGUACGAGGCUUAGGGUAUUUCCAGCAUGAUCUUAUGCACUCAGAACUAAGUCAAAGUCAGUUCAAUAGAAUUUACAGCCAGGUGAGUGUGUACAGCUGGAGUCCCUAACAGUUUUGGGUUGAUAGACAAACCUAGGAAUUUGAGGGAUUGUUGUGGCCUCAAAAUGCAUAAGUAUGGAUUGCAUGGAUUGCUGUUUGGCAUAUGCCUAUCUUAGGCUGCAUUUUAUUUAGCAAAAUAGGAUUUUAAAAAAUAUUUGACCCUACAGCAUCUUUAUAAUAAAGGGUUGAUGGUGAUGUAAUACAGUGAAUGCUAUGUUCGAUGAUCUCCAAAAGUUGCUUCUUUUCAGAAGGAGGUAAUGCACAUGAAUUUUGUCUUUAAUAUUCACUGGUGUACACACUCUUAAAUUAUUUGCCUACUUCAUGAAAGUGAACAAAUGGAAGGAAAAAUUCUCUGCCCUUUUGGCAACUGAAAGACUGAUGGUAUAAUAUCAGAAGGAUAAACAGUCACCUUCUACAGUGCAAUUGACUGACGAAGACCCCAUUGCCUUUGUCCAAGACUCUUGCCUCCAGACUUGCCUUCCACUGGAAUGAGCAGCUUCUUCACCCUGCUCUAGGUUUUCAGAUGCGAGUUGUUCCUAACCCUACAUAGAGAUACCUGGGAUUGAACUUCGGUCUUUCUACAUGCAAAGCAUGUGUCUAACUACAAGAGUCUGAGUGAAAGAAUGAAAGCAAAACGAGAGAAAAAUAUUCAGAGAAGAGAACUGCACAUGGCCUAGACCUCAAGAUAUAUGGGUGCGUAGUGUUAAAUAAACCAACUCUUUUCUUCAAAAGCCUAGCACAUUAUUCUUUUUUCAGUAUACUGUAUGCCAUACACUGCACUCUUAUUUUUGACUACUAUUCCAGAUAUUAUAAUAUGUUCACAAGGCAGGUAUAGAGGAAAAAACUGCAAUAUCUUUGAUAUCACAAAGCAAAUGCUCUGUUUAUAUUGCUAGUAAAAGAGGCGGCCAUUCAACUUGGUUUCCUGUGCACUUAUUUAAUCACAGGAUACAGUGAAUACAUUUAGCCAAAAUGCUUGUUUACUCUUGUUGCCAGAAUUGUAAGUGUUUUCCUGCUGUUAUCUGUGAAUAGAUGCAGCAGGCAUUUAAAACCAUAUUGUGUUUGUUCUGAAAGUGACUUGUUGCACUUAUAUCUAACCAGAAUAAACAACAACUACACACCAG